AUGAAGGAAUAUAGAGUGCCAACGUUGGCUGUCAUCGAGGAAAUACCAGCUACAGAGAGUUACGAGAAUAGUCGCCUGGCUCCAGUUGUGACAAAAAAGGAAACAGAGGAAAAAGACUUCGAGGAAUCUGUCAACAAUAAUGAAAAUAAAACAAUAAAUACGGACCUCCAUGAACACAAUGAUAUUGAUAAAUGUGAUAAAUGCGGCACAGAAAAUGACAAUGAUCUUGGAACAUUAAAAGAAAAAGCGGCGAAACUAAAGCUGAAAACCCGGCGAUCUAGUUACGUCACCUGGGAAACUGAGAAAUUAGUUCGGUCCGGUGCACUAUUUAAGGCAAAGGUACAACAAGAGGUGGUCAACGAUGACCAAACGCUGACCCCUGAACGUAAGGACAAGAUCAACAGUGAUAUAGGGUGGAUCCGACGAGAAUUGCAUGCCAUGAGAAUAUUGGAUCAAAAUCUGGCUAAAAAACUUCUGAACCUGCGCCAUGAAAUGCAUUCGUUGAAAUUGAAAUGGAGUUGUGAUGAUCACAAGGAGAUGAUGGAGGAAGUGACGUGUGAUUUGGAGGAACGUCAGGUUCUUCAAGACGUUUGUGACCAGCCACUAGGCCCAAUAGAUAUCAAUCCGCUCAAACAACUCGGUGUGACGCGGAUGAAUUUAAGCGCACGGAGAUUCAGCACGUGCUGA